AUGUGUUUGAUGAUAAUAUGUAUAAUUGUGAGAGCUUGGGUGGUAUUUUGGAUUAUGCGACCUGUGAAGCUGAGGUGGAGUGAUACCGCCACAGGUAAUGGAACUUUCGGGCUUCAUAAUUGGGAUUUUCCAGUUUCGCAACUAUUAUCCUACCGCAAUUUGAUUACAACUGGUCUAUUACCAUGGCUCACUCCUCUCACUCUGGGCUUAGUGAAGACAACCAUAUUUUUGACAUAUAUGGAAAUAAUCCGUAGCAUGAAGUGGAUGAAGAUGGCGUGUCUAAUCGGGCUUUCAUUCACCGUCGUAUGGUAUUCUGCGAUUACCAUUGCCGGGAUAUGCUUGGCUGUUCCACUGGGCGGCGAAGGAUGGGUGAAGCACCUGUUCACCUCACGUAUGAUUCAACAAAACGCUCUUAGCAUCCCGACGGCUGUAGUUGGCUUAGCCAUUGAUUGUUAUCUAUUCGUUUUACCGAUAAUUGCACUCAAUAAAUUGAAGAUGACUCGGAGGAAGAAGUUAGGUGCAGGGUUGAUCUUCGCCACUGGAUUCUUUGCUAUUGUAGCAUCAGUAAUGAGCGUUGUGUAUCGUGUUAUUCACGGUAGUGCACACGGGGACAACACUUGGUGGUUGGUACCUAUAAUGUCAGUUACAAUUACCGAAACGUUCAUUGGCUUUAUCAUUGCUUGUGCCUGGCAUUUUUCAAAAUUCCUGCGCACAUAUGAGCAGUCUUUUUUGAGAGCUGGCUUGAUAACCACAAAUUUGUUUUGCUGCAGAUGCAAAGGUUCUCGGGGUGAGAACUCUGUUGACCCCAAAAGCAGUGAAGCAUCCGAUACGGUGGAUGAUUCAAAGGUACCUCGAGAAAAGGUUAAGCCAGCUCCAAAAAUGUAUCCCGGUCUCGAUCUUACGUCUCGUGGUGGAACCGUAUUGGUGACAGAAUUGGAUAAAAAUGAGAACAUUCCGAAUAGAAAAGAAAACCAGAAGGUCGACAGUAGCAUGGAACAUGCUCAGGCUGAGGAGAGUUCCACGAUAGGCGAAAAUACGAUAUCACCAACAAGGUGA